AAUGCUACUGGGGUUCGGUGAUGUUUAUAGCACUAUGAACUGACCGGGGAUCUACCUGCACACGAUGAACGAGUGUGGCUUAAGGAGGCUUCUCCUAACCCUACUCUUACUUGGAGGAAGCGCCACUGUCCAAGGCGAACCAGGAGCGGGGAAAGUCGUCUGGGAGAAAUGGAACCACGACUAUAUGAAGAACAGCAAGCGUUUUCUGUACGACUCAUUUCCUGCAAACUUUCUAUGGGGCGUGGGGAGCUCUGCGUUUCAGAUUGAGGGAGGUUGGAAGAAGGAUGGGAAAGGACCCUCUGUCUGGGAUCUCUUCACUCACAACGAGUUUUCCAGAUUCAACAACACCACCGCGGAUAUCUCCAGCAGCAGCUACACCUUCUUGGAGAAGGACUUGGAGGCCCUUGAAUUCCUGGGUGUCUCCUCUUAUCUCUUCUCCAUCUCGUGGCCCCGCUUGUUUCCAAAUGGAGAAGUAGAAUCUGUCAACGUCAAGGGCCUCCAGUACUACAAUACACUCAUUGACUCCCUGAUCCAGAGGAACAUUACUCCCAUUGUCACCCUCUACCACUGGGACCUGCCCUUCGCAUUGCAAGAACAACACGGAGGCUGGACCAGCGAGGCAAUGGUUGACAUAUUUAACCAAUACGCUAAAUUCUGCUUUCAGACAUUUGGGGAUCGUGUUAAAUUCUGGAUAACAAUCCACAACCCUUUCCUGAUCGCCUGGCAUGGGUAUAAAACAGGAAAUUAUCCCCCGGGACAGAGAAAUAAUCUUGCAGCUAUGUAUACUGUGGGGCACAACAUGAUUAAGGCACAUGCAAAAGUCUGGCACACAUAUGAUAAACAAUUUCGCAAGUCUCAGAAAGGUUUUGUGUCCAUCGUGUUGGGAUCCCAUUGGAUUAAACCAAAGAAUGAGAACUACAACUACAAGAAUUUCCAGAGAUCCAUGGACAUGAUGCUGGGCUGGUUUGCCAAACCAAUCUUUGUAGAUGGUGACUACCCAGAGAGCUUGAAAACACAAACCAAUCCUUCUCUGCCUAUGUUCACUGAUAAAGAAAAGUACUUCAUCAAUGGAACUGCAGACUUCUUUGCAUUCUCGUUUGGGCCAUAUAACUUCCGAUUAUUGGAAGAUACUCUCAAACUUAAAGAUCAUCUAUCGCUGCACCUUGGACAAGUGUUGAACUGGAUUAAGAUGGAAUACAAUAACCCAAGGAUUUUCAUCGCGGAGAAUGGAUGGUUUUCUGAUAAUGUUGUAAAAACAGAAGACACAAUUGCUAUUUAUCUCAUGAAGAAAUUCAUAAAUGAGUUGUUAAAAGUUAUCCGCUUUGACGGAGUCAACGUGUUUGGAUACACCGCCUGGUCUCUACUCGAUGGCUUUGAGUGGCAAUUCGGCUACACCAUCGCACGAGGGUUAUUUUAUGUGGAUUUCAGCAGCAAAAACAAAUCCAGGAUUGCAAAAUCUUCCGCCCGGUUCUACAAACAGAUCAUCGAACAAAAUGGAUUUCCGAUGACCGAGGACAGCCGCCGUGUGAAUGGACAGUUUCCGUGUGACUUCUCCUGGGGAGUUGCAGAGUCGGCGCUGCCGGUAAACAAAGCAAUCUUUUCCCCCGAGUUUGUAGAUCACAGCCUUUAUAUUUGGAACUGCAGUGGAGAUCAGAAACUUUACAAAGUCAUGGGCGUGACCAAGUGGCCCCGUCCAGCUCAAUGCACUGAUUUCAGCAACUUCAAACAACACUUGGCGCUGGUGAAAAAGAUGAAUGUGACUCAGUUCAGUUUCGCCUUCAAGUGGUCCCAGAUAUUACCCCGCGGGGACCGCUCCAAUAUCAACAGAAGCAUUCUGAGUUACUACCGCUGCAUCAUCAGCGAGCUGUUAAAGCUGAACAUUGCUUCCGCAGUCACUUUGUAUCAUCCAUCACACCGUGAUGUUGACGUGCCCGAACCGCUGCUGAGACAGGGAGGGUGGCUCAAUAAGCAGACGGCCGUGGCUUUCCAAGAUUACGCGAAAUUGUGCUUCCAGGAAUUUGGAGAUUUGGUUAAAUUGUGGCUCACUAUGAAUGAACCGAACAUGAACGUCGAGGGAAGCCAGGAGCCGUACAGGGCAGCACACAACAUGAUUAUCGCCCAUGCCCUGGCGUGGCACACAUACAACAGAGACUUCAGGGCCAGGUACCGUGGGCUGGUCUCACUCACUCUGCGCGCUGACUGGGUGGAGCCAGCAAACCCCUUCCUCGAAUCCCACCAGGAAGCUGCCCAGAGACUUCUGCAGUUCCACAUAGCCUGGUUUGCAGAUCCCAUUUUUAAAACUGGAGACUACCCACACACUAUGAGAGAUUACAUCCUCAUGAAAAAUAGAAAAAAUCUCACGCGUUCAUUUUUGCUCCAUUUCACUGGGGAGGAGAAAGAGAUGAUCAGGGGGAGUGCAGACUUUUUUGCACUGAGUCAUUUCACCACAAGGCUCAUUUACCCACUUGUGCACAAACCUAACACUGGCAGUAGGUAUGAAAUGGAUCACGACGGGAGCUUACUGAGAGACGUGACUUUGCUGACAUUCCCAUCUCCCUCCCAUCUUUUCUUCCCUUUCCCCUCCCGCCGCCACUAUCGCUCGGAGAUGGCAGUCACGCCGUCAGGGAUACGAAGGGUUCUGAAAUGGAUCAAAUCGCAAUAUGGAAAUGUGGACAUUUACAUCACGGCAAAUGGAGUUUGGGACAGUCCCGCCAUCAGCGACGAGCUUCGAAUAUAUUACCAUAAACAUUAUAUUAAUGAGGUGUUGAAAGCACAUCUACUGGACCAAGUCAACGUCAAAGGAUACUUUGCCUUGACAUUAAAGGAUAAACAUACAAAUAAGCAGCCCUCGAGAUUUCUCAAUGCUUCUGAGCCAAAGUCUUCAUUAGAAUUUUACAACAAACUCAUCAUUGCCAAUGGGUUUCCUUUGGGAACAACCAGUAAACAUUGCCCUCGCGAGAAAAACAUUCCGGUCCAAUGUCCAGUGUGUGUGUUUAUAAGAGAGAAACAAAUAUUUAUAUUUUUAGGAUCAUGUCUCCUACUGAUCUCUGUGCUGUUUGCUGCCAUUAUUAUCAUACGCAGAAGAAAAUAAAACAGUUGAGUCUUUAGCCUACAACUUCACGAAGACAUCCCUGGCAAGUCGGCUUUCCAGUUCCGAUUGUGUGAACAGUUUAGCUGGAUCCAUACUAUUUAUUAUUGAAUCUCCAUCGCAAGAGUCGGGGAAAGAUAAUAUUGUGACCUCGGCAGAAAGAAAAGACAACGGAUAAAAGACGAGGUACCAUGUACCAGCCGUGUUCAACGCCAACGCUUCUGAUUUCUGAAUUUCGUUUGUUGGGCCGAUGCAAAUCAUAAUUUAGGGGAGCAUUGGAAGGUUAAACUAAGUAUUUUAUCAAGAUACGUAUCAGAAUUGUAUUUUUUUUGUAAACAUCCACAUCCAGCAAUCAACUGCACCAAGUAUGUGCAGUACAUAAAUGAUGAACGGAGCUUUGCGUGGGGUUUACAGGUAGUAGCCAAGGGAAAACUUAGAUAUGGAGAUUUAGAACAUCUAACCAUACAAUGUAAUCCACUCUGUGCCCAAUGUGAAUUUACUGGUCAAUAAAUACUUAACCGAAGGUAUAGACACAAAAAGCUGGAGUAACUCAGCGGCUCAGGCAAUGUCUCUGGAGAAAAGGAAUAGUCGACGUUUCGGGUCGAGACCCUUCUUCAGACCGAGAUGUCUUAAGUAUUUUAUCUUUACGGGUUGGCUAAGGCUAUCCCGGCACAGAUGCCCACAAUUCGAUGAUUAUACACAGGGUUACUAUAAUGCGUCGAUCGUGAAGGUCCUACAUCAAUAACAGUCAGCUAAAAAGCGGUGAAGAUUGCGUUGAGGUAGUACCACCAGCAUCCACCGAUGGAAAGUAAUAAACAGCUUACGGUAAAGUUGUGCUUUGAUGCCGUCCAUGAAGUAUCCCCGAAUACGUUUAAAAAUGAUCGAAUCCUAGGCAUAAUGAUUUAAAAUUCCCAAUAUUGGAGCCCCAAAUAAAAAUGUGUGCAAAGAUUUUGCGUUUUACGCGAGACGAAGGAGAAAUCUGAGUCAGCCAAUAUUUAAACAGUAAUUGGACAUUAUUAAACAACGUUAAAUCAUACAACAAUCGGUCCACCAGUAGCCGAGCAGAGGACAUCCGAUUUAUUCAGCCGAGUAAUCGAAACAUCCAAAUCUUUAAUCAGAAACUGUGAGAUUCACUUCCGAUGUUCAGAUGUCAUUUAAUUUCACUGACCUCAUUUGGCUGAAUUGUUAGUCAUGUUUUAUGGGCCGUGAAGUAGAGGUGUCAGUGAAAUAAAAUCGCUUAAACUUUUGCUCAUUGGGAAUGAAGUGAAAAAGAAACCGUGUGUGUGUCAAUUCAGUUUCAUACAUCUUCACAGCAGUAGGUUCUAUCUGGAAAAUGUAAUUUUGAAACUUGUAGAGUGUGACCGACGUAUUUCUUUAUAUGAAAUAAAAUAAAUUAUUUUAAUCAAAACGAGUAAAAUGUACAUCACAAUACAUUUAUUGAUCCAUCGACCUAUUUUUCAGCUCACUUUACGGAAAGACUAUUGUUCCAAUCGCAAAUCACGGCUGCAUUCGUCCCCGUCUAUGAUCUUUGGUCGUUAUUACUCUGUUUCUGUUUACCUACUUUGUCCAAGUUGGGACCAGAUCUGCAGCGAUUGAGACGAGCAGCCAAAGUAUUUGGUGGAAAGCCGAUUGACUCGAUUAAUUAGUCGAUAAUUGGCCAAGCUAAAUUUAUUCAUGUGUACAUGGCAGGAAUAGCAUUUAUGUAAAUACACUGCAUCAGUCUGAAGGGUCUCGACCCGAAACGUCACCCAUUCCUUCCCUCCAUAGAUGCUGCCUCCACCGCUGAGUUUCUCCAGCAUUGUUGUCUACCUGCAUUAGACUAUGAAGUGCAGCUGGUGCAGCACUAAUCCCAUUGUACCUAGUUUGGCACAGGACCAGCCCAAUAGUUGGGGUGUUGUAUUGCGUACAUUGAUCUGAAUGGCAGCUUGAUAUUUGAGCGACUUGCUAAGACAAUAUAGAUUCAUAGAUUCAGAGAUUCAAGAAAUUUAUUGCCAUGUCAACAAGUUGAUAGGAAUGUGUCUUGGUUAUAGAGGUGGAAGGGCGUUUUGUGUCAGUCCGAGACCAACAUAAAACAUUCAAUACAAGCAAGAAGGUUUCCUUCACUUAACAUUUCUGACUGGUGGAUUGCUUGAAAAUCCUUCACAAUUAUUUGGACUGGUACCUUAUUUUUGACAUGUUCUCAAGGCAAUUACAUAUUCUAAAAAUUAAGAAAGCAUUGCAAGACUCACUAGAGUCACGGGGUUAAAGUUAUACAGCAUGGAAACAGGCUUUGGCCCAACGUGCCCACACUGACCAAGAUGCCCCCUCCAGUCUCACCUGCCUGCAUUUGGCCCAUAUGUUUUUAAAUCUUCCUAUCCGUGCUCCUGUCCAAGGGUUUUUUUUAAUGCUGUGACAGUACCUGCUUUAACCCUUCUCUGGCAGCUCGUUCCAUAUACCCCAAGUUACCCGGCCUCAGGUUCCUAUUGUAUCUUUCCCCUCACUUCAAGCCAGAUCUCGAUUCCCCUACCCUGCAUAAAAGGCCCUCUUGUGGAUUUAGCCUAUCUCUUCCCCUCAUGAUUUUAAACUACUCUAAGAUCACCCCUCCUCCUCCAGGACUCCAAGAAAUGAAGUCCUAGCCUCCUGAACCUCUCCC